CUGCCUUCAGGUAUAUUUUUGUAAGAUGGACGGCCGUGACUCUGGUCUCCAUGGCAACGGAAGAACGUAAAUACACAACUCUGCUCAAAAUUGACGAACAGUGUAAUUUUUCAACUUAAAACUCGACCGCAAUCAUGCCUCCAAAAAAGAAAGGAGAAAAAGGUAAAGGAAAGCGUGGAUCCAAAAAGACAGGCAGUGGGCGUGCACAAACUUUAAUAGAUGGCAUCCCAAUUAAUACUAUGAGCAAAGAGCAACUGGAAGGUCAUGUAAUCAGGCUUCGUAAUGAGUUGGAACGAGAAAGAGAAGAAAGAAACUACGUUCAGAGUGAACUGGAACGUGUACAGAGACUGUGGCAAGUUGCUGCAGAAAACUUGGAUAAUUUGCGCGCAGAACUUAGACACAAGGAUGUUGAGAUAGGAGAGGCUGAGGAGAAGCAUCAGCAAGAGAUCAGUGUAUAUCAACAGAAGAUGAAGCAUCUCAUGUUUACCCAGGAAAACACCCUCACACACCUUCAGGUGGAUAGUGAACAGGCAUUGCUGAACCUGCAUAAAGACUCUCUUGCAGAGGAAACUCGUGUUGUCCAAGAGCGAGAAGAUUUGAGGGCACAGUUGAGAAAUACUGAAAGUAACUAUCUUGCCAUCAUUGCCAACAUGAAAGUGGCUCAAAGCAAAUCUCUGGACUCAUUGCGUCAAGAGUUUGAAACAGAGGCAGCAGCGAUGGAAGCGAAAUCUGUAAAGAGAAUAAAAGCACUACAGAAUCAACUAGACCUAAAGCGCAAAACAGAACUCAUUGCACAAGAAGAAAAAAAGAAUAAUUUUCUGGCUACAAUCAUAUCCAACCAUGAGAAAACGUUUGAAGAGAUGAAAAAAUAUUACACAGAUAUCACUGCAACCAACCUUAAACUCAUCACAGAGCUGAAGGCUGAAUUAUCAGAACAAAAGGAACGAGAGCACAAGCUGGAGCAAGAGAUGGGUGCUGCCAUUACAAGUCGGUCACGUUUGGAGGACGAGGUUGCUAACCUGCGUAAAAAAUUAUCCGACACACAGCGCUCUGUUCAGCGUUCACAAAGGGACAAGGAGAGUUACCUGACGAGUCAAGCACAGGUGAAAGUAUUGACAAGUGAGAAAGAAGCUCUACAAUGGGAAAUGGAGGUUCUCAAGAAAAAAACUGAAACGAUUGAACGUGAACGAAGAGAGCUGUAUGAUCACUUCGUCGCAGUGGUUGGGGAAGUGCAACAACGAAGUGAGCUUAGAAAUAUUGUGCUGGAAAAGAGAUUAAACCAGGUGUCGGAGCAUUUAGAGAAGAAGGAAGCUGUUCUCUCAGAGGUUCUAUCAGCAGCAAAUUUAGACCCAACCUCAUUUAGUCAUGUCAGCCAUCAGUUGGAGACAAUUGUUGAUGAGAAAAACCAACUAGUAGGAGGCCUACGUGAAGAAGUGGCAACUUUGCGCCGCAUGUACACAGACCUCAUGGAUAAGUAUAAUUCUGUUCUUAGAAACAGUACAAAGCCAAAGAAAACCACUAAACUCCCAAAUAUUUCAAUAUAAAACUCAAAUAUAUGUGUCAUCAAUGCUGACAGUUGUGUCAACAAUAACAUGAAUCUGGUUGGGUGUUUUUGUUUUUCAAAAUAUGUAUGAUGGGCAAAUUAAAGUAAAAAUAUUAUCAUA